UCCUCCAUGAUGAAAGUUUUCCAACGUGGCCUCUUGAGUUAGAACUGAUGGAUACAAAUGCACAAUUGUGGUAUAUCAUCAGGGAAUAUAUCGGCAACUCUGAGGAGCGAGGUCUGGACUCAGCGGAUCUUGUAUCCUUUCUUCUGGAACUAAGCUUCCAUUCUACUGGAAAGGCUUAUAAUAUAAACACAUUGAGUGGUAUACAGAGGACUAUAAUUAGGGAUCUUGCUGAUUUGGGCCUUGUGAAGCUUCAGCAGGGAAGAAAGGAGAGUUGGUUUAUCCCGACAAAGUUGGCUACAAAUCUAUCUAUCAGCUUAUCAGAUACAUCAUCCAGGAAACAGGAAUAUGCUGUUGUAGAGACAAAUUUCAGGAUGUAUGCAUAUUCAUCUUCCAAAUUGCACUGUGAAAUCUUACGUCUAUUCGCCAGGGUUGAAUACCAACUUCCUAACUUGAUUGUUGGAGCAAUUACAAAAGAGAGUCUAUAUAAAGCUUUUCAAAACGGUAUAACUGCCGAACAAAUUAUUUCUUUUCUUCAACAGAAUGCACAUCCUCGAGUUGCAGAGAGAAUACCUACUGUGCCUGAGAAUGUCACUGAUCAGAUAAGGUUGUGGGAAUCAGAUUUGAAUAGGGUGGAGUGUAUACCUGCACAUUUCUUUGAAGAGUUCCCCUCUAGGGAAGUGUUCGAGGCUGCAUGCGAUCAUGCAUGAGUGAAAGCAGAAAGUUUUGCCUACAUGAAGGAGUUUCUUCGUGGAAAGAAGCAAUAGUCUUUUGGCACUUUCCUUGAACUCUACUAAAUGAUAGCAUGUGGGAUGAUGGAAAUUCCUUGG